AUGGCUUAUUUCACUCAACUGAAGUUGCAACCGCAACAGCCCGAAUUCACGGUUACACCGGAAUCUGGACUCGUCGUAACGGAGGAGAUGAAAACGAUCCUCGCCCAGCCUGGUUUCCUCAACCGCAAGAACGGUGGAGAGCGCCUCCGUUAUCUCUUCCCAAAUCAGAGCCUGGGUUUCAACGUCUCCCACUUGUCCCUCUUCGCUGCAGCCUGUUUCUUCGGAAACUUCGAGCGUGUAAAGAAGGAAGUCGAGGAAGGGAAAGCCCCAAAUCUCUCCUCAGUAGAAACCGAAUUCCAACAAGGAUACGCAUCCUACGUAAUCCUAGGCUCCCAACGCACCACCAACACCAAAACCGGAGGUAUCCCAAUCGAGCACCUCAAAGUCCUAAAAUACCUCAUCCCCCACGGUCUCGCUCUGGACGUGCCAGACAUCGCGGGGUACACCGCUCUCCACCACAGCGUCCUGGCCAACACAGGUAAAGAAAGGGAGCAACUCAUCAGAGCCCUGCUCGAAGGAGGGGCGAAUAUCAAUGCCCAGAACCGCUGGGGCGAGACGCCUCUCAUGUGCGCGAUGGCGACUCAGGACACUCUGGGCGUCGAGAUCCUCAUCGAGGCUGGAGCUGAUCUGGAUAUCAAGAACGGCGAUGACGAGUCGGCGCGGACUUGGUACCCUCUCUGCGGCCCUGUUAUCUCAUCGUUGGCAGAACGCUUGAUCAAUGCUCGCUCGGGUGAAAAGGCUCCUCUGGCAGAGAAAAAAUGCGACCAGUGCUCUACCAAGAAGGAUCUCAAACGCACCUCUGUCAACGUUCCUCCACCCACCAAAACUCCCGUGUCGGUCCCAAUCGAUGAACUUCUCAGCGGCCUCUCGAUGAAUUCCAACAAGAAGAAAUCCUCGAACCCGCAAGGAAAACCCUUCAUCGUCAAAGUCCAGGUCCCGAUGUUCUCAAGCGGUCCCCUCUACGUCUACUCCCGCCAACAGGACGUCGUGCGCUUCAUCAAAAGGGAAGAGUCUCCUUCGACGUACGACGAGCUCGUGGCGGUGAUCAGGAAGAGAGGGGUAGCAGGCCAGAAGGGCUAUUUUAUGGCUCAGCUACUCUCUGACGGUGAACUCAUGAUAAAGUCUUCUGAUAUUCUGGCUGCUCAGCGCUGGUAA